AUGCCUCAGUGUGCAUUCUUUUGCGACCGCACCCCGGGCUGCACCAGUUAUAACAUAGAGAACACCGCGGAAACCCAUAAACAGUGUGAGUUGAGUGCCUACGCAGACACUGACGUCGGCGCUGCAAUUGUCACCGAUAACAACUACGACUUCUAUACGAAAGUAAACAGCGGACUAUGCCCUGCAGACUUCGUGGAAUUCCGUGGAAAUUGUUACUACAUUGAGACACUCAACACGAAGACUUGGCUAGAGGCACGUGACCACUGCAUCAGCAUGGGAGCCGACCUCGUCAGUCUGGAAUCACCGGGAGAAACCGAUUUUUUGACGCCUCAACUUUACGCAAUCUGGUGGACCGGUGGCAACGACAUCGCAGUGGACACGCAGUGGGUGUGGGUUGCUACAGGAAGACAGGUGUGA